CUUACUCAAUCUAGUAGGCCAAUUUCCGAAUGUUUAUAUAUUUCAGUUCAAUAGACAAAAAUAUUGUUUGAGAUUGGAGUCAAAAGCAACAUUACAGAAAUAAAACCAAAAUGUCGGGACGUGAAGGUGGCAAAAAGAAACCCUUGAAAGCGGCCAAGAAAGAAGCCAAGGAUCUCGAUGAAGAUGAUGUGGCAUUUAAGCUAAAGCAAAAACAACAGGAGAAGGCUCUGGAAGCUGCCAAGGCAAGUGCUGGCAAAAAGGGACCUCUAGUUGGUGGCGGCAUAAAGAAAUCGGGCAAGAAAUAAUCAAUGGAGAAAGUAAAUUACAUAAUUGCAAUUGCAUUAUGUGAAAGUGUUGAAAAUUUAAUGGUUUAUUAAGAAGAAAUAUACACACAUUUAAGAGAA